GAGAAGGCUGCCAACCUACAUGGCUAAGAAAAGCACCUUGGAUUUCUUUUUGCUAUUUUAAUAAACAGCUUCACUAGAAAUCUUGCCUAAAACUGGAUAGUAAUUAUGUAACUCUAAAAUAAGAACCCAGGAUAAAUAUACCAUUAAGUCUGACAACUGUACAGAAAAUAAACAUUUUUGUGCUUGAAAGCUUUGUUCUGCUUAAGUGCCUCUAGGUAAAUUUGCCUGCUUCCACACACACUGUCAGUUGCCGGAGGAAGUUCCUGCCCUGAAGUAUUUGCAUAGUGCCCCCUGCCCAGUCUCAUCCCUGCUGGUCUCUUGAGAAUGAUCUAAAUUCAUGCAUUACAAACUGAAUGUGGGGAGAAUUCAUGAUGAACACACCAGAGGCCACGUUGUCCGUCAUCUUUAUUGCCAUUUUCAUUAUAGAGCAUGGCGACAAAGCAGUGGGAACUACAAGCCCAGGUCCUGCAAAUGCAACAUGUACAGAACCAACAAAAGGACUAUUACGUGUUACAACCAAUAAACCUGUUCCUAUGGCCACAAAGAAUUUAUUGCUGCAAGAUCCUCGCUUUGUGGGUGUGAAAAAAGGCCGGAAUAUCAGCAUACAAUGCGGAUGUCGGAGUAAUCUUUCUAUAGACCACAACAUCACUUGGUACCUUGGGUAUCAAAAUGGGUCAUUUAUCAGCUACCUGGAAUUAGAUAAACAUAUAAAAAUUGAAGACAACAAGCUGUUUAUCAAAAAGGUCCAUAAAAACCACAAUGGGAUCUACUUUUGUAAUAUCACAACAGAUGGACUAAAUAGAGUUCCCUGUGGUACAGAGCUGAUGGUUCUAGGUUCUGGGAACCAAGCUACAUCAGAGUCAAGAAAUAGAAUGAAAGAUGCAAUCAUAAUGAUUCAAACUAUUCUUAUUGUGCUUUUCACAACUGUGCCAGUAUUACUUCUUAUGGAAAUGAAGAAAAAGCGCACUCUGAAGAUUGAAGAUCAUACAUACGAGGGACUGGAGGCAUACCAAUCACCAACCUAUGAGGACAUCCAGACAGUGCGAGUGCUUGCCUCUAAAACAAUGGAAGGAGAACACCCAUGUCUGGAGUAGGGUCAUCCAGAGCUAGAAAUACAAAGUCUCCACUCUAGCAACCACUGGACUUACAGUCUCUUUGACUUCAGCAUUAUAUAGUGCUAACCUACAUGCGUUAACUUUCAAACCCUGACUGUGAGAUCUGCGUUUUCACUGGAAAUGAAACACAUAAAGGACAGAAUCUGUAAAUUGUCAGGGUCAAGGUGAACUUCCUGCAGUUUUAAAUUUACUUUGGAUAAACCUGGGUGGUUUAAUAUUAAGUAUAUUGUGCCAGGAGGCCUGUGAGAUGGCUUAAAGAGCGGUCUAAGGAAUUGAUGCACAAGUGUGUUUUUUUUUCACUUUUUAUAGAUUAUUAUUCCAGUAUUAUCCUAUUAUUUUUUAAUUGUAGAUCCGCAGUUAAGACCCCCAUUUGCUUUUGUCAUUGGUCUUAUUUGUGUAUUUUUAUAUAUUAUUAACCCUUUAUUAGGUUACAUGCAUUGGCAUGUAUGCCAAUUCACUGCCAUGCACUAUGCAGAGAAGAUGCAGCGCAUCAGGAAGAUGGUGCUUUGUUGAAACUUCCUGUCUACACAGAGAGCCUACAAUGAACAAUGAGGGGGAGGGGGGGGGGGUAAUGCAGCUCUUGCAUUCCAGUAUCAAAAAUAUAUUGCAAAUGCAUUUAAAGAGGAAUUAUACCUAAACGAUUAUUCUCUACGUGAACACACUUGCUGGGAGAAUUAAAAACAGAAUGACUGCAAUACAGUCCUGGAGAAAAUGCCGCUACAAGUUUUCUCCAGUGCAGCUCACAUGAAGGAAAAGGCUGGGUUUUCAGUCAUAUAAUCUUCGCUUAAGUGAAAGAUCAUCCAAUCUAAACUCAGAUUCUCCCCUUUGGCAGAGACCACGUGACCAAAUCCUGAUUGUGGUCUAGUGAUGAGCACUAGAAUGAUCCUGAAGCUGCAUUCUCUAGUAACUAUUUUAGCCCUUCUGUUUAGCCGUAUUUAAAUCAAAAAGUGAAGAAGCAAACCAUAAACCAACAUAUCCAGGAGUGUCAGAUGACUGUGUCCUCUCUUGUUGUGGUUCCAUCUUUCAACACUUAUAUCACAACAGGACACAGCAGUGGCUUGGGGUUGGAGGAUGAAACUACAAAACGCAGUGGGGGGGGACAUUGGCAUCCAACACACCUAAAAGUGCUGAAUGCUGAAUAGUCCUAUGGAGGUUGCAGUGCUGGAAGAGAGAAAGGUAGGUAACAGAGGCUGCCAGACAGAUGAGUAUAAUACCUUUUCUAUUGCAGAGAACAUCAGAUAGGAUUAGUUUAGAGAAUAACAGGGUCUCUUAAGAGAUAAUGUUACUUUCAAGAACAGACUAGCCU